AUGGCGUCCAGCGAAGGCGGAAACAGCAGGGCGGACUGCAAGGCGGUGGUUGCAGCUGUGGCCGAUGCCCUCUUCGCUUCCCUCGAAAGUGAAGCAAGAGUUGCUGAAGACGCGGAAAACGCGGACCUGGCGGUGUUUCUCAGAGCCGCGGGCGGCGAUCGUGACGAGGACGUUGACGCGAUGCUGGCAGUAAUUCAAUGUGGUAUCAUACGUGAACAGAGGGGAAAUUUUGCCAGGUUCCUUCAAGCCUUAACUGGCCGCCUUGGAACUCUUGUGCUGUGUGGCCGCCUCUGUAUGAAGUUUUCACCUCCAUUCAUCUGUAAAUUUUCAGAGAUGAGCGUUGAAAAUCGACAGGCAGCAAUCCUGAGCUGGGCACGUUCUGGCAACACUGACCUGCGGCUGGCAGCAAAAGCCCUCCAAGGAGCAGUGUUUCAGCCUCUUUUUGGGAGGGUGCAUUCAAACAGGACAAACCCUCUGUGGGUGGCCAUGAAGUACCCAGGACCCGGCUCCAGCCGUCCAGGAUUGCUGAAGUCAGCAGCUGUUGAGGCAGAAAAAAUCAUUGAAGACGCUGCGAUCGACUUGCGCAAGGAAGCGAUGGGGAAGCGCAAGGGCGUUGCAGCAGGGAUUGAGGGAGAGGUUCUUGUUCAUAUCAAGAACCACCUGCUAUCCCAUGGACUCGUGGCUACUCCUACUGCCAAGUUAGCUGCAAAUCCUCCAGCAGAUUCGCAUCAUAGUGUUCUGGAGGUUUCCUGUGAUGCAGUCAUUGUGGGAAGUGGGGCUGGCGCUGGGGCAGUGGCCGCUGUGAUGUCAAAGGCUGGGCGCAAGGUCAUCCUUUUGGAGAAAUCUGACUUCACACAUGCGUCAGAUUGUAGUCUUGUUGAAAGUGAAGCCUUCUCCACGAUGUAUGAGCAUCAGGGCUUGUUCUCAACGGUGGAUGGUGGUAUAAGUGUAUUUGCUGGAUCUACUGUUGGUGGAGGACCCAGAAUCAAUUGGUGUGCAUCUUUCAGAACACCAGACCAUGUCCGGAAGGAGUGGGCUACAGUUCACGGACUUCCCGUUUUCACAUCGACCAAGUACACAGACGCCAUGGAUGACGUUUGCAAGCGACUGAAAGUCAACACAGAUGUUGUCCACAAUCCUCAGAAUGCUAAAAUUAAGGAAGGAUUUGAGAAGUUGGAUUGGCACAGUGGAACUAUACCAAGGAAUUGCACGUCCAAGAUCUGCAGUGGCCAUUGUUGCUUUGGUUGUGCCCAUGGGGAGAAGCAGGAUGGUGUAAACACUUUUCUUCUCGAUGCAGCCAAAUGUGGGGCCAAGAUCCUGGCACCGUGCUUUGCUAACAGGGUGGUGGUUGAGCCGAUGGGAGAAUCAAAUGGCCGCAAAAAGAAAGCAGUGGGCGUGGAAGCAAGCGUGGAUAUUGGUGGAAACAGGGUAGUAAAGAUCCUAAUCAGAGCUCCGUUGGUGGUGGCCAGCUGUGGAUCAAUAAACACUCCAGCCUUGUUACUGAGGAGCAAAAUCGCAUGCCAGGGAAAUGUUGGCAAACACCUCAGGCUCCACCCUGCAACCGUCGUUGUCGGCUAUUAUCCCCGUGCGUCAGGUGGGCACGGAUCUGUGCGAAGCUGGGAGGGUGUGAUGAUGAGCAGUUACAGCAAUCAGGCGGCAGAUUGGCAAGGCUCCGGCUAUGGGGCCCUGAUCGAAGUGGCUUCGUGUCACCCUGGAGUGUACUGCAGUUCCACCCCGUGGUUUUCUGCCAAAGAGUUCAAGAAGCUGGCCCUUCGCUAUUCAGACGCUGUAAUAGGUCUGGUCCUUUGCCGAGACAUGGACUCCGGGCAAGUGACCAUUAACUCUUGUGGGGAGCCGUGCCUGGACUACUGGCCGUCAGAGAGAGACAGAGACAACAUUGUGAAGGGCAUGCAACAUGUGGUGCGGGUCUUGGUGUCGACGGGAGCAGAUACCGUGGCAACCCUAAACCACGCAGACCGGACCAUCCUGGAGCUCGAGGAGUCAUUGGGAGCUGAAGCGGUGGACGCGUAUUUGGAAAAGCUGCAGAAACUGGGGAUAGAGAAGCACAAGACUGUGCUGUUCUCGGCGCACCAAAUUGGGUCCUGCCGCAUGGGAUCUUCCCCCAGCAACUCAGUAGCCGACGAAAACGGCGAAUGUUGGGAAGUGCAGGGACUGUACAUUUGCGAUGCAUCCGCGCUUCCCAGCGCGUCGGGAGUGAACCCCAUGAUCUCGACCAUGUCCACGGCGUAUAUGAAUGCCCAGGGGAUCGUGGCCCGCCACCCACCCGCGAAAGGUCAUCUGACGUGUGAAUAUGAAUGA